AUGUCAGACAACGAAGAGCAAAAUGAGUCUAUUGCACAAUCAAACACAAAUGCAUAUAGAAACAGUGACCAUCGACGAGUGCGACGCCGAUAUUAUCAGUGGCCCAAACGACACCAUUCAGUGCUUAGAAAGAGAUGUAUAUUACCUCGCGGAAAUCGUCGCAAUAUUCGUUCAUCACGUCGGCAGUCAACAAAUUUGCCACCCGAAAUAAUUCAUGCUAGCACACAAACAGAUAUAACUAGUGAAACCGAACAAGAAAUGUAUCCAAAUGAUUGUAGUAGUAUUAGCAUUGAAUCAAGAGAGAAUCAAUCAGACCCAACUGAAUCAGUGAAUGAACAAGCUUUAACACGACCAGUUACACCCGCUACUCUGCCAUCAUCUCCGAUCUCUUCUCAAGCUCGUUUUAAUUUCGUGACCGAAAAUCCCAUGAAAGUCGCCGUUUCCUAUGCUGGCGAAACAGAGUCUCGAGUCACAGUGAUCAGUAAACUGAUUCAUGAUAAACUUAGUACUCCAGAGAGUCCUUUUCCCGUUUUCUACGCACCUAAUUUUCAAGACGAAUUGGCUGGAUUUAAUGGUAUGAAGAAAUUGCUAAAAAUAUAUCGAAAAGCUUCUCUCGUCGUUGUAUUUCUUUCCACUACUUAUCACACAUCACCUUUUUGUGAAGAAGAAUGGAGAACAAUAAGAAAUCGUUUCAUAUAUGCUGAGAAAGAAGAAGAACGUAAACGGUUACUAUUUGUCAAACUGACUGAUUACAAUGCAGAAGAGCUUAACCUUGUUUCUGAUGACUUUUAUAUCGAUGGAUUGAAAAUGAAUGAUCAACAAGUGGCUGAUUUGAUUGUUAGUCGAUGGCGUAAGUUAGAAAAGCCGGCCAUUCAAUGA